CCGCCCUUCCCGGCAGCGGGGUGGGUUGAGGCGCGCCCAGGUGGCAGGUGCGGUGGCGGCGGCUGCUGCUGCUGCUGCAGGUGCGCUGGCCCUUGCAGCGGAGGCGGCGGCCCAUGGAGCCCGCGGAGGCCGGAGCAGGGGAGGCGGCCCCGGGCCCGGCCGGCGUGCACGAGGGCUGGUUCCGCGAGACCUGCAGUCUUUGGCCCGGCCAGGCCCUGUCCUUGCAAGUGGACCAGAUCCUGCACCACCGGCGCUCGCCUUUCCAGGAGAUCCUCGUCUUCAGGAGCAAAACAUACGGGAACGUGUUAGUACUUGACGGUGUUAUCCAGUGUACAGAGAGAGACGAGUUUUCGUACCAAGAAAUGAUUGCCAACCUGCCUUUGUGUAGCCAUCGAAAUCCACGCAAGGUGCUCAUAAUCGGCGGUGGUGAUGGGGGGGUCUUACGGGAAGUGGUGAAGCACCCCUCCGUGGAGUCGGUCAUUCAGUGUGAAAUUGACGAGGACGUGAUCGAGGCAUCAAAGAAAUACCUCCCGGGCAUGGCUGUGGGUUACUCCAGCCCAAAGCUCACCCUGCACGUCGGGGAUGGCUUUGAGUUCAUGAAGCGCAACCAGGAGGCUUUUGAUGUCAUCAUCACAGACUCCUCCGACCCCAUGGGUCCUGCAGAGAGCUUAUUCAAAGAAUCGUACUACCAGCUAAUGAAGACAGCUCUAAAAGAAGACGGGAUCCUCUGUUGCCAAGGUGAAUGUCAGUGGUUGCACCUCGACCUCAUCAAGGAGAUGCGGCAGUUCUGCAAGUCGCUGUUCCCCGUAAGUGGUGGGAGUGCAUGUCAAUACUACUGCACCAUCCCGACUGUACCUCGAGCGGCACAGAUUCGGGUUUUCAUGCUCUGCAGCAAGGGACCGCAAGCACAAAUUUCAGGGAGCCUGUGCAGCAGCUUUCCCAGGAGCAAGUGGACGCCAUGGGUCUUAAGUAUUACAACUCAGACAUCCACCGGGCAGCCUUUGUCCUGCCAGAAUUUGCACGGAAGGCUCUGAGUAUGGUGUGAAAGCUUUGCUGGGGGCAGCUCUGACUCUCACCUCGGACUCCGGAGAUUUCGAAGGCGGGGCUGGUGCACUGGUUUAUCUCCUGCGAAGGCCUCUGCAGCUUCCUGUUGGCUCCCGGUCCAGCCAGCCCCUCUUUGUCAGCCAAACAUUCCUUCCUACGAUGUAUUAAAAGACUUUGCAGUCGCGCCUGGUGGGACUUGGGAGAAAAAAGACCCCGCUCUGGGUCUCGCUGGUCCGUCGCUUCAGCUGUUCUUUCCAGGACUGGGGAAGUCGCUAAGAGCCUCUCAGCCUUAGCCGCUCCCCCCACCCCAUACAGUAUUUAUAACUCACAAGCAUUCUCUCCUCUUCCUGUUUCACCAGCCUGCUACCUGUCUGCGUGAAAAAAUCCAGCACCUGGUUUUAAAUAUGCUGCUGUCAGUGUGGUGGAAAGUGGAGGGCUGGGAUCGCACACACACACACACACACACACACCAUGGUCUCUUGCUUCUGGCUUCCCUUCUCCAUUUGCCCUAGGAUGCACCCACCUCUCUGCCCUCUGUUUGGGCUCUUUCUGGCUCGCUUCCCCAGCACAGACCUUCUCAGCUUGACUGUGAGCCAAUUGCUUCCUGGGGUUUGGGGGUCACUUUUUUAAUCAGGUUGGUGGAUGUUGUGGCUCUUGGGCAUUACCCACAAGGGGAGUUGUGGCUGCUCCUAUAUUAAAUGGUGAUCACAUUAGCAAAGGGUGGGCAAACCCUCCUGGGAGCCACGGGUAGAAGAAUUGGGCUGACUUUCCGGCUGGGCUGUUUACGGCCAGGCCAGUGAUACUGCUGAUUGCUUUCCUUCUUUGUCGGUCCCCUGAAAUUGCUGGGGUAAUCAUGUUUCCUCCAAGGCUGGGGCCUGAAAGUGAAUCUCUCAUCUUCAUGUUCCCGAAUGAGUUUAACAACUUGUCUUAUGUCGGCAUUUGCCCCUACAAUGACUCCACGAUUAGCAACAGUCGGCUAUCAAGGGCAGAGUUUAAGGAGAUACCAGCCCAUUCUUUUGGGGGAGCUUUAUCAGGGCCCUUAUAGGCUGAAGAAAAAGUUUUGGCUGCUGUCGUUUUGGAACAGGUUUCUUUUUCCUGCAUUUGUAAGAGGGAACAAAAUGGAAAAUUAAAUAUGUUCUGUGUAGCUUUGCCCUCUGCCAUAACAGAGGGGGAGAAGGAGGUAGUCUCAUUCGCUUGUUAAAGUUAAUGGUGAUGGGUGAACAUGACUUUUUUUUUGGUCCUAUCAGCUGCAUGGGCAGGGGGAAAGAGAAAAGAGACCCCCUUCCUAUGGUAGCUGUUUAUGUUACCCCACGAUUCCUGGACGUUCAACACAGCAUUGCAUAUUCUGUUUACACUGGAAUUUGGAAUCACAUGUAAAGUGCAAGAUCAUGAGAAAAAAAAGUCUGACCUAAUUGUAUUUUUUUUUAAAUCUUCUUGGGGAGAGUCGGAGAGAGUGACCCAACUCUGGGGCCUGUGGUUUGCAUGCACAAGGCCCCAAAUUCAGUGCCCAGCAGCCCUACAUAAAGGUUCUUCGAAGCUGAAACAGCGAACGACCGUCCUGUGCUGGAGGCUCUAGAGAUGAAAUUGACCCGCCUGGAUGAAUGGUCUGAUUUCAAAUAAAGCAGCCUCACAGAUA